CGAUACCCAUUCAAAUCAUAGCCAAGACGGCCAGCUUCGCCUCGAUCGCCUCCCCUCCCACACCAGCCAUGGCCCAACCGGCAGCACCAGCUCCACCGAUGAGUACACCAGAGAGCGCCACCGCCACCGAGAGCUCACCGGAAGACGCCCUAUCCGAAGAGAGCCUCAACGACUUCAUAUCCUCGCUCCCGUCAAGGGAGGGGUGGCCGCAGCCGCUCAUCCAGUACAAGGGCUACUGGUUCAAGCCGAGGAUGCUGGAGGGGGUCCUGCGCACCAGACGGGCCUUCCUGCCCCGCGCAGACGACGUCGUCCUCGCCACGCAGCCCAAGUGCGGCACCACCUGGCUUAAGGCCCUUGCCUUCACCAUCGCCAACCGGUCCUGCCACGGCCUCGGCGCCACCGACCACCCGCUCCUCACCCGCCACGCACAGCACCUCGUGCCAUUCAUCGAAAUCCCUGGUGCUACCGGAGGGGACGAUCACAUUAACCUCGGCGCGCUCCCGUCCACAAGGCUCCUCGCCACGCACAUGCCCAUGUCGCUGCUCCCGCCGGAGACACGGUCGCUGGGUUGCCGGGUCGUGUACCUGUGCCGGGACCCCAAGGACACGCUCGUCUCCAGGCUGCACUUCGAGAACAAGCUGGCGGCGCGGGGCGGCGGAGCCGGCCUGUCAAUGGACGACGCCUUCGGCUUGUUCUGCGAGGGGUUCUCGCCCUACGGCCCCUUCUGGGACCACUGCCUCGAGUACUGGAAGGAGAGCUUGGCGAGACCGGACACCGUCCUCUUCCUCAAGUACGAGGAGAUCAAGCUGGACCCGGCGCGGGUCGUGAGGAGGCUCGCGAGCUUCCUCGGCGUCCCGCUGACCGAGGACGAGGAGGGCUCCGGCGUCGCGGAGGAGGUGGCGAGGAUGUGCAGCUUCGAGACGCUCACCGGCCUAGAGGUGAACCAGGUCGGCGGCGUCAGCCACGGGAAUAGAGUUCACGUUGAUAACUCCGUGUUCUAUAGGAAGGGCGAGGUAGGGGACUGGGCGAACCACAUGAACCGCGAGAUGGGGGUGAAGCUCGAUCGCAUCGUCGAGGAGAAGCUCCAGGGCUCCGGGCUUGUGUUUUGAGCAAGAGUCAUUUGUUAUUUGUUCUGUUCUCCUUUGCACUCUGCUGCUUCUGGUUAGGGAGAGGAGAGCCCUAUGUUGUUUGUGGUUUUCUAAAAUUGUUUGGAUUGCUUA